GAAAACUAAUAUCUCCGCGAAAACCAAUCUAUGUCUGGUCCGAAAUGGCAGUCUCUGCAGAGGGAAUCGAUGGAAUCUACUCCGUCCGCCUCGUCAUCGCGGAUUUCUAUAUGGAGAAGCCACAGUUCGGCAUGGAUCCUUGCUAUUCGGAGCUGCGCGGCAAAGAGAUCAAGCGGGUGCCAGUGAUUCGGGUUUUUGGCGGCAACUCCAGAGGCCAGAAAACCUGCAUGCAUGUACACGGCGUGUUCCCCUAUUUCUACAUUCCGUACGACAAGAAAGAUUUUGAGUGCCUGGAGCGGGCCAUUCUGCAGUUAGCCAUGCACCUAGACAAGGCCAUCAACAUAUCCCUGGGUCAAGGCAGCUCCAACGCCCAGCAUGUGUUCAAAAUUCAGUUGGUCAAAGGCAUACCCUUCUAUGGCUACCAUCGCGUGGAACAUCAGUUCCUCAAGAUCUACUUGUUCAAUCCGCGGUUCGUUCGCCGCGCCGCCAACCUUCUCCAAAGCGGUGCUAUCCUGAGCAAAAACUUCAGUCCGCAUGAGUCACAUGUGCCCUAUAUCUUGCAGUUUAUGAUUGACUACAAUCUGUACGGGAUGAGCUAUGUGCAUGUUCCGCUGGAGGUUCUCAAGUUUCGACGCAGCCAUGAUGAUGAGGAAAUUCCUUAUGCGAAUGUCAAGCCAGCGCAGCUGCUGGACCUCAUAAGCGCGAAGAAAAUGGCCUGCAGUGCCUUAGAGGUGGAUGUCAGCUCAAACUUCAUACUGAAUCGGUUCCAGCUGGUGGCAAAGAGCAAGAGCAACCACACUAACCCAGGCAUUGAGGCCAUCUGGAAUGAUGAGAAACUGCGCCGACAAAAACUUGUGGAGAAGCACACCGAUGCAGACGAUGCGGAGAAGGUUCAAGCGGUGCCAAUUUUGCAAUUACCGCCAACACAAGAGCGUCAUCAGAUUGAAAUUGCCGAGAGCGAUAUAUUUUACCGCACCGCUUUGGAGAGAAAGCUGAUGACACUGGAGCAGUCCACGCUGUCCGAGCAAACGUUGUCAGAUCAGACAACCCUUGCCAAUGUAACCAUACAGACCACAUUGCCCGGCACAAAGGCCCAGAAACGCACGUUCAACUUGCAAAAACUUCUAGCCAACUCCGUUUAUCCGGAGGAGUGCUCACAGGAUCAGCAGCAACUGUUGGUUAAUGCUUCCUUUAUACAAAACCAUGUUAGCUGCAGCUACAGCAGCAAUGUCAGCCUGUCAACCCCAAAGGAUGAGUCCGAUUACAUGGACGAAACUGUAGUGGAUGAGGAACUAAUUCUAAGCCUUACACAGCCUCAUGGAGCGAUACCCCAUGAUGCCACCUUGAGGGAGGAGGACUUGGAACUUUUGGAUGCGUUGCAGCUGCUAGAGGAGCAGAAUGAAAAUGAAUCCCAUGUGGAUCUAGACAGUUCAUUGGCUCCUUUGUCGCAACAUAAAAAUUUCGAACUGAAACCCGAGCUGUUGGACAAGGAGACUGCAGCUGCUGCAGGUCUCUUCGACGAAGAUUGUGACACCGACGAGGAUGCAGACCAAGAAACCCGACAUGACUACUCCACCGUCCUCGACGAUGUGGAUGAGCUGUUGCUUAAGCUAACUCAAAGUCAAUUGGAACUUGCGGAGUCAAAGGAACUAAAAGCAUAUACUAAAUUGCCGCAAGUCGAUGGUGCUGAUGAUCGCUUACAGAGAACACCCAUUAAAUCCAUCAGUUCUAAGCCAAAGUCGAGUCCUCCAAAGACUCCAACAACCCCAAAAGGUCAGAAAAGCCUUCCCAAAUCACCACGUACUCCGAAAACUAGUGCGGCAAAGAAAUAUGCCCCGCUGGCUUUGACUAUUGAAAGCAGUUCAGCAAUGAAAAGCAACGAUGACUUCACAGGGAGAUCGUCUAAUCCACGCCUUAGUUUGCAGCUAGACCAAGGACCAGAAUCGGAAAAACUUCGUCCAGAAAUCUCUUUGCGCAAGAAAGUAGCCAUGUCGGAGCUACGACGAAAAAGUGUUGAGGACAGUUUUGUGCUCUUAAAGAACGACUGUACUCCUGUUAGUAGUAGGAGACGAUCUACUCGCAAUCUGGAUAAAACACACAUUAUUUGUUCCCUUACGCCGAGGGACAGAACUCCUUGCUUGUCCGUCAUGUUCGAAUCACCUGACGGCAAGCAACUACCACCAGAAGAAGAGGUUAAGAAGCCUCGAAGGAGUACUUGUCAUCAAGUUAAAGAUAAUCUAUACAUGGUUGGGUGUGAGGGUUCCCAUAAGAUAGAGUCCCACAGGUCAGAAGGAAGUGGUUUCAUUGAGCUUAAGCCAUGCCAAGGUCCCGAUGAGUGUUUCAGCGAAAUAGAAAAGACUAAGCCACAAGUACUGACGACUUCAUAUCGUGGUAAACCUCUAACAAGAGCAAGACUAUCACUCAGUCCCCAACAAAAUACUAAAACUAGUUUGAAAGUAACUGUUGCAUUAGAACAAACAACAAAAGUUUUUUCCACUAACUCAAAAAGUCCCCAGCAGCAGCUAAACUGUGUUUCUAAAAAGUUUGAUGAUCUCAAAACUAAACGGAAAACGGCUGAUGAAAAUCAAAUAAGCAGUGAUGAAAAGUUACAAAGUGGACUUUUUCCACAGGAACAAUUUGUUAUUUCUUCUGGAGAUCCGGCAAACUCCAGUGAGAAGAACCCAUAUCCUACAAGCGAUGAUGAGGCCAUCGAAUCCGACACGGAAAGCGAUAAUAUAGUCAACAAACUUCGUAAAACACCCAACUUGAAACGCUUGCGAAGGAGCUUUCGGUCGGAGUUGCUAACCAAACAAUUAACUCCUAGUUCAGCAAUAAGACCCCCUGAGAUUCUGACCACGCCUCAGCUGAGUCCUAAAAGCAAUGAAAGCCACACACCAGAGCUAAUGAGAAGUUUCUAUGAACAUUCGCUGAUUGUGAACAGUCCGUCGGUCUUCAGUGACGUGCUAGAUAGUCCCGAAAUAAAUAUAGAUUCUCUUAAAACUGCUCCACCUUCUCCCGAUAGUAACUCCUUCGUGAUUACUCCCUUGGAGCUGCCUCCAUCCUACGAUGAGGUAAUUCGCGGUAGCCGCAAAAUGGACAUCCCCGAGUACGAGUUCCAGAAGCCCUACUACAGCAAUCCCUCCGAUGUGAGCAAGGUAACGGAGGUGGGCUUCCUGGUACUCCACAUCCAAGGAAACAAGCUAAAUGAUUGUGAACCCUUCCAGAGCGUACUGGGAAAUGAUCGUGGAUUGGCCUCCUGGCGUCGUCAACAACUGAUAGCCAUCGGUGGUCCGGCAAUGUUGCAGCGGCAUCGGGGAGAACAACAAAUACGGGAGUACUUCAGCACUAAACAAAGAAUAGCAAUCGAGCCUGCACAGCUACCACCCACCUGGCAAGAAGCCCAGAUGUGGUUAAAAGCCAAAGAACUUUUUCGUCAACGGGAGGAACCCAAAAAGUCUUCCGAUGACUCAGACAGCCCCAUCAAGAUCAAACGGCAGAAAAUCACUAUGAUGCUGCCGGCUGAGGAAGGCGGCAGUGGGAAUGAAGAUGCUGGUGAGGAAUUCGACUGUAGUCUGAGCCUUACACCUUUGUCCCAAGCUAAGAAUAAUUGUAAGGCAACCCCGAUAAGUAGCAAAACUAAAGAAACCGGAAAGAAUCGCCUUCAGCAUGGAACCAGACUCAACUUUAAAGAAAUCCAGGAGGAAGAACCAACAAGCUCGCAGUCUAACGAACAAAGCGUCUCCAGUAGCGCGACCCAGUCGGAGCUAGAUCGUAGUUCCUUUCUGCGACAACUAGAGUGUAGUAGCCAGGAGAGGCAGCACGACGUCAGCUUUGGACUUAGCCACGCCACCUUGGACAACACGUUCGGGUUUAAGGUUAAUUUGGAGAACCUGCAGCAGGCGAAAGCCGACAUUGAUUGCAACCACCUGACAAUCAUAACCUUAGAGGUGUUUGUGUCCACGCGGGGUGAUCUACAAGCAGAUCCCAUGCACGACGAGAUUCGUUGUUUAUUUUAUGCUAUCGAGCACAGUUUACCGGAUGAAAAUCUCCCUAGCAAAGCCUGCGGCUAUAUAAUGGUUAAUACAGCCCAGGAUUUGCUGAGUGAAGGCCCUUUACAUGGUAUAGAUCGGGAUAUUGAGGUGCAAGUUGUGACCAAUGAAGCGGAGGCGUUUGAGGCAUUGUUGGCUUUGUGUGGACGGUGGGAUGCGGAUAUAUUUGCAGGUUACGAAAUCGAGAUGUGUUCUUGGGGCUAUGUGAUUGAUCGUGCCAAGCAUCUGUGCUUUAACAUCGCUCCCUUGUUGUCCCGAGUGCCCACACAGAAGGUCCGAGACUUUGUGGACGAGGAUCGGGAGCAGUUCACUGAUUUGGAUGUUGAAAUGAAACUCUGCGGUCGCAUUCUGCUGGACGUAUGGCGUCUGAUGCGAUCUGAGAUCGCAUUGACGUCGUACACAUUCGAAAACGUAAUAUAUCACAUCUUGCAUAAACGAUGUCCCUGGCACACUCCCAAAUCCCUCACCGAAUGGUUCGCCUCGCCCUGCACCCGCUGGCUAGUAAUGGAUUAUUACUUGGAGCGAGUGCGUGGCACUUUGGCUCUUUUGGAUCAGCUGGACUUACUGGGACGGACUAGCGAAAUGGCCAAGCUCAUUGGUAUUCAGUUCUACGAGGUGCUAUCGCGCGGCUCGCAGUUUCGCGUGGAAAGCAUGAUGUUGAGAAUCGCCAAACCAAAGAAUCUGGUGCCACUUUCACCUAGCGUCCAGGCACGUGCUCAUAUGAGAGCCCCCGAGUAUUUGGCACUAAUAAUGGAGCCGCAGUCACGAUUCUAUGCUGAUCCACUAAUCGUGCUUGACUUUCAGAGCUUAUAUCCCAGCAUGAUCAUUGCCUACAACUACUGCUUCUCCACAUGCUUGGGUAGAGUAGAGCACUUGGGCGGUAGUUCGCCCUUCGAAUUUGGGGCAUCGCAGCUUCGAGUUUCACGGCAGAUGCUGCAGAAGCUACUGGAGCACGAUCUAGUUACUGUUUCGCCAUGCGGCGUUGUAUUUGUGAAGCGCGAAGUGCGCGAGGGUAUCUUGCCGCGCAUGCUCACCGAGAUCUUGGACACUCGCCAAAUGGUCAAACAGUCGAUGAAGCUCCAUAAGGAUAGCUCUGCACUUCAACGGAUCCUUCACUCAAGACAGUUGGGCCUUAAACUGAUGGCCAAUGUCACCUAUGGCUACACUGCCGCUAACUUCAGUGGCAGAAUGCCUGCAGUGGAAGUGGGAGAUACUGUAGUUUCCAAAGGACGGGAGACCCUGGAGCGUGCUAUCAAACUAGUGGAGAACAACGAGGAGUGGAAGGUGCGUGUCGUUUAUGGCGAUACGGAUUCGAUGUUCGUUCUUGUCCCUGGUCGAAAUCGAGCUGAAGCCUUUCGAAUCGGUGAGGAGAUCGCUAAGGCCGUCACCGAAAUGAAUCCACAGCCAGUGAAGCUUAAACUGGAGAAGGUCUACCAACCUUGCAUUCUGCAGACCAAGAAGCGUUAUGUGGGAUAUAUGUACGAGACAGCCGACCAGGCGCAUCCCGUUUACGAAGCAAAGGGCAUAGAAACUGUGCGGCGAGAUGGGUGUCCGGCGGUGGCCAAAAUGCUGGAAAAGGUGCUACGCAUAUUGUUUGAGACGCAAGACGUCAGCAAGAUUAAGGCGUACGUUUGCCGGCAGUUCACAAAGCUACUGUCGGGCAGGGCCAACCUACAGGACCUGAUUUUCGCAAAAGAAUUCAGGGGCCUUAAUGGCUACAAGCCUACGGCUUGUGUGCCAGCACUAGAACUCACGCGAAAAUGGAUGCAAAAAGACCCACGACAUGUGCCGCGCCGGGGUGAACGCGUCCCUUUCAUAAUAGUCAACGGCCCGCCAGGCAUGCAACUAAUCCGCCUGGUGCGUAGCCCGCACGACAUCCUGGGCAACGAGGGUCAUAAGAUAAACGCCAUCUACUACAUCACCAAGGCAAUCAUUCCGCCGCUGAAUCGCUGCCUGCUGCUCAUAGGCGCCAAUGUCCAUGAUUGGUUUGCCUGUCUGCCAAGGAAGUUACUCUUGACGCCAGCUGUAGGAAAUGCCAACGAAUUAGCGGGUGCACGAGGUGCCAAGUCCACCAUUUCCCAGUAUUUCUCUACCACCAGCUGCGUGAUUGAUUGUGGCCGUCAAACCAAGGCAGGCAUUUGUACAAGCUGCAUAAAAAACGCCACCAAAUGCGUAGUUGUGCUAUCAGAUAAGACAGCGCGCCUGGAGAGAGGUUACCAACUAACCAGACAGAUCUGUCAGGCUUGUUGCGGACGGCUGGGAAGCCUUCAGUGUGAUUCCCUCGACUGCCCAGUUCUGUACGUCUUGGAAGGAAAGCGAAGAGAACUCCACCAAGUCGAGCACUGGCACAAACUUCUUGAAUACCACUUCUAGUGCCGAUAUACCGGAUU